AGCAAAAUGAGAGGUUUUGGUACAUUUAUCAGCAGACCACUGCUUUUCCUAUUACUUCACUUUACUCUAGUGCAAUGCGAUAUAACAGACGGCAACGUAGAGCAUUUGAAGCGGGAGCAUUCGCUCAUGAAACCGUAUCAGGGUAAGUACGUUAACAGCUUGUGAUAAUGAUUCUUCUUCUUCUGUGGGUUUUAUGGCAGGCUACAACCCAAAAAGGUAUAUUGCCGCCACCAACUUUUAACGGGUUGAAAGCAAAACAAGGUAAAAAAUAAAAUCCAUAUGUAAUAGGGAAACUAACUUAAUCCACCCAAAUAAAAAUAGUACAUUGACAAAACAACUCUCACUUCUUAAUUCUUCCAAAUCUCCCUUCUUGGGCCUGAGAGGGUGGUACGGCUUGUGACAAUAUCCCAUACAACUCCUUCGCUGAGAUCUUUCAGCCCCAGGAACCGCUCCGCCGCAUCCACAAUGAUUUCUGUGAUAAUGAUAACUUGUAUCUUGUCAGUAACGUUAGCUGCUAGGAGCCAGUCAUACUAAUUAGCUAGCUAGUAUACUAAUUAACUAGCUAGUUUGCCAACUAGCCCAAUAGUGGGCGACUGCAGCCCGCAUUUCGGGGCGUUCCUGGAGCAUCCCAUUGGUUUCUUCAUGAACAGCCUAACUAUCAACCUUGCACACGGUGUCGCCCCCGCCUGUUGUGUACCCGAGAAAACCGUGCUAGUUACUCUGGAACACGGGAGGCGAUACAGUGUGCACACGGGGUUGCCAAAGAUUUUUGUAUAACUAACCGAAGAUGGACCACAGCCUGUCGUUUCCAACGGGAGCAAUUGAAUCAUAGUGGGCAUAACAAGCAAGGAGGUGGGCAGAGCCAAGCGAGAGCCUAUUGGCUGUGAGCUGUGAGGGGAAUGGCACCUCCUUACCUUCAGGCUCUGAUCAGUCCCUACACCCAAACGAGGGCAUUGCGUUCUUUCACCUCUGGCCUGCUGUUCCCCCUACCUCUGCGGAAGCACAGUUCCCGCUCAGCCCAGUCAAAACUGUUCGCUGCUCUGGCACCCCAAUGGUGGAACAAGCUCCCUCACGACGCCAGGACAGCGGAGUCACUGACCACCUUCCGGAGACACUUGAAACCCUACCUCUUUAAGGAAUACCUGGGAUAGUAUAAAAGUAAUUAUUCUACCCCCCCCCCCCCCAUACCCCACCCCCACAAAAAACAAUAAUAAAAAUAAAGAAUAAUUAAUAAUAAUAAAAUAUAUACAAAUAUAUAUAUAUAUAUAUAUAUAUAUAUAUAUAUAUAUAUAUUUAAAAAAUAAAAAAACAUAUAUAUAUAUAUAUAUAUGUUUUUUUAUUUUUUAAAUAAAUAUAUAUAUAUAUAUAUACACACACACACACAGUGGGGAGAACAAGUAUUUGAUACACUGCCGAUUUUGCAGGUUUUCCUACUUACAAAGCAUGUAGAUUUUUAAUUACUUAAAAAUCAUACAAUGUGAUUUUCUGGAUUUUUGUUUUGGAUUCCGUCGCUCACAGUUGAAGUGUACCUAUGAUAAAAAUUACAGACCUCUACAUGCUUUGUAAGUAGGAAAACCUGCAAAAUUGGCAGUGUAUCAAAUACUUGUUCUCCCCACUGUAUAUAUGUAUAUGUAUAUAUAUAUAUAUUAAAAAAAUUGUAAAGUUGUUGUCCCACUGGCUAUCAUAAGGUGAAUGCACCAAUUUGUAAGUCGCUCUGGAUAAGAGCGUCUGCUAAAUGACGUAAAUGUAUUAGGAUGAAAGGCAUGUAGGGAAACUAACAACGUUGCUCUGUCAAAUAGAAUAUAUCCUCUGUACUUGGAAUCGAAUCGCUUAUGCUGGCUAGCUAGCUCAUUUUAGAUGGGAGUAGCAAAAGUUAGCAACUAGUUAUCUAAAAAAGAAAAGACAAGUUACUCUUUAGCCCAAAACUUGCGUCAUCACACUCCCUCAUCUGAUUGGUCGGGAAGGUAGGCCUUCUGACUUUGUGGCUGUGGUAAAAAGUGACGACCCCUAGCCCUUGAUCAUGACUCUGUUCCAUUACAUUACACACAAGUCAAGGCGUCUUCUGUGUGUGUGUGUGUGUGUGUGUGUGUGGGUGGGGUGGGGUGGGGUUUGUCUUAAGGACCUUGUCUUUCAUAUCAGCAAUAAAUAAUUUUCAAAAAACCAAAGGUUAAAUUGAUACACACCUUUUUAUAGGGCUAGUGUUCCCACACGGCCAUAUCUCCAUGUUACAGCGUGUGCUUGUGGAAGACAGACAGAAGACAGAGGGACCACCUGUGCUAAUUAGCUAUCUAGCAUGCUCCUGUGUGUAAUGGAUGAAGGCCACCAGAAACGUGUUGUCACUGAAAAAGACUGUUGUCUGCAACUGUGAUAAAGCCGGUUAAAACAUUGUACAGUAAGUGUAUAUUUAGCAUUUGUGAAAUAAUUUUGAUAUGAUAUGGAAGUAGAGGGAUUGAUGUUUCUUGAACCAUACCGCAAUUGAGAAUCGAUUUAAUGUUUAAUGGAGUAUUUGUCUGUUCUUUGCUUCCAGAGCCAGUCUACCUAUGAGAUAUCAUAUAAGGUCCUAUAUAUUUUGUAUUUGAAAGAUUCUAUCUCAUUUAUAUGAAAGUUAGCUUAGUGGGUAAGAGCGUUGUGCCAGUAACCGAAAGAUCGCUGGUUCUAAUCCCCGAGCUGACUAGGUGAAAAAUCUGUUGAUGUGCCCCUAAGCAAGGCACUUAACCCUAAUUGCUCCUGUAAGUCGCUCUGGAUAAGAGCGUCUGCUAAAUGACUAAAAUGUAAAUGAAAGUUAAGUUCCAAAGUUUUCCAAAACCAUAUUGCUAGCAAGGAUUAAUAAUGUUUCUAAACGUUAAAACAGAGCGUUGGGAUCGUAGCUCACAUGGAGCCAGCUGUCCUCCAAACCAUCAGCUGAGAACCCAAGACUGGGACCGGCUGGAAGCAACCUUGGGCCCCCUUGGGUUCUCGAGAGCUGGGCUAGGGGUGGCAAUGAGCGAUUGAUGCACAACGGAAUUCUUCACAUUCUUCUCCCAUGUGUCCCUGAAAUCCUGCUUGACUCUUCACCAAAAUGUUUAAACAGGUGUUGGAAGCAGCCCAUCCAGUCAGUGGGACUUCUGGGGGAGCACGCUAGUCACCAGCUCGUAUGUGCGCCUGACGCCUGAUGAGAGAAGUAAACAGGGAUCUAUUUGGAACACGGUGGUGAGUAAGGAACUAGCUUCUAUGAAAUGUAUUCUGUUAGGCAUUACAGACAGACAAUACAGUCCACUCCCAAAUCUGUUAUAGCUUGAUUGGAGAAUAUCUACAUUUUAAACUGAAUAUGUCCAAUUCAUGGUUGAAUUGAUGAUCCAAUGUCAUUUUGCUUUCUCUGUGCAGCCUGUUUAUCUGAAAGACUGGGAGAUGCACGUGCAGUACAAGAUCCACGGGUCGGGGAAUAAACAUUUCCAUGGAGAUGGCAUCGCCAUCUGGUACACAAAGGAGAGACUUAAUCCAGGUAAUGCAUCAUCUUGCCAAAAUAACAUCUUUAUCAUCAAUCACUUCCUCAUUCCAGUACAAAGCUUUGGCAAUCCAAUUAAUAGACUAGUCUAUGUGAUGUGGUAGCACUGGGUUGUAUUUCCCGUAAGCACUUCAGGUCUCAGUCAUGUGCUCAUCAUAUCUCGCCUCUUUGCCUUCCAUUCAGGCCCAGUCUUUGGAAACCAAGAUCAUUUUGUUGGCCUGGCUUUAUUUGUGGAUACCUUCCGCAAUGAUCUCCAUGGGAUGGAUGUAAGUGCAGCGUCUGGCUGGUUGACUUGACGUGAUUCUUCCCUUGCAGGGUCUGUGUUUGGCAGCAAUGCUAAGUUCCACGGCCUCGCCCUUUUUAUAGACACGUACCAUAACGAUGAGGCGGCUGACGUGAGUUGAUGCAGCUACAUUUAUCAUUAUUCUCCUGCGUUUAAUUUCAAUGUGAUGGAAGGAUUUUAAUGUGAUGUAUUUUCUUUUGAGUUUUUUUGUUAUUUUGUCAUAUGAAGCUUUUGAGUUGCUUUCUGAUAAGGUCAUUUUUUGUUACACCAUGAACAGCACCUUUAAUAUGCUGCAUUUGGUUUAGUACACAUUUUGAAUUACAUGUACAAGUAUUUUUGCAUCACAGAGUAAGAUGGAUUGAUUGGUAACUGAGUCAGGACUAGGAUCAAAUAAUUGAUUUACAAUGUUUUAUAUAGAAUAUUUUCCUGUUUUUCUGUCCUUACAUCCCUUGUGUUCCCCACUAGCGGUCCUUCCCCUACAUCUCUGCCAUGGUGAAUAAUGGUUCUCUGCCCUAUGACCAUGGGAAGGAUGGACGUAACUCUGAACUGGGAGGCUGCUCUUCUGAGAUCAGGAACAAAGACCAUGACACCUACCUGGCCAUUCGCUACUCCAAGAGCAGGCUCACGGUAGGAAUCCCUUUUUAAAUGAUAUAAAUGACUCCAGUCCAGACAUCUUGGACUGGUUUCCUAAACACAGAUGACGCUAACCCUAGUCCUGGAUUAAAAGGCUUAAAGGAGAUGCUGGGAAACUGCAGUCUGGGAAACUGGCCUCUUGUGUUAUGAAAUAUAUGAUUUUUUCCCCUAUGUUAUAGGGUACAUGUUAUGUAAUUUACAUUUUUGUCAUUUAGCAGAUGCUCUUAUCCAGAGCGACUUACAAAUUGGUGCAUUCAACUUAGAUGAUACAUUUCUAUUCAAACAAUGGCAAUUGCUGAAUUGUACCAUUCUGAUCUCUACAGGUGAUGAUUGACAUUGAUGAUAAGAAUGAAUGGAAAGAGUGCAUUGACAUCUGGGGUGUCCACCUCCCCCGUACACUUGGGAAGAAUGAUUAUUGCUCAGGGGAUCCUGGUAGUUGGUCAGUUUGCAUUAGCGAUAUUGCUACAGGGGAUCUUGUAAAAUUGGUGCAGUUGAUAGAUGAUUAUUGCUACAGGAUCUCUGGUAGGUUGGGUAAGGUUGUAGCAACUGAUUCUUGCUACAGGGAUCUGGUAGUUGGGUCAGUUGUAGAACUGAUUCUGACUAGAGGGACUCUGGGUGGUUGGGUCAGGUUGUAGGAGACUGAUCUUGCUACAGGGGAUCUCUGGUAGGUUGGGUCAGGUUGGAGAGACUGAUUAUUGCUACAGGGGAUCUCUGGUAGGUUGGGUCAGGUUGGAGAGACUGAUUCUUGCUACAGGGGAUCUCUGGUAGGUUGGGUCAGGGUGGAUUAAACGGAGACUGAAUCUUUCAAGAUGUAGAUCAACUUUUUUUUUUUUUUUAGGUCUCGACACUAAAUGUAAAAACUGCACACUGAGAAAGAUAAUGACUGACCUUGAUUUAAUUAUUAUUUUAAAAAUCUUGCUGUGAACCAAUAACUUGUUUGUCGUUUCACAGUCUGGCUUUGUCCAUUGUACAUCUGAAGUCUAUGGUGAUUGACGCUAAAACAACUCCCAUGUUACAGAUAACCAUGACAUAAUCUCUAUGAAGAUGUACCAGCUGAUGGUAGAUCACACACCUGAUGAGGACAGUCUGGACUGGACCAAGAUUGAGCCGAGCGUCAGCCUGCUGAAGUCCCCCAAAGGUUGGUCGAUUGAUUUUAUUUGAUAAAGAAAACCCAUUUCUGUUCUAACCAAAUAGACAAUAAAGAUUGUAUUCUAUUUGACUACAGUCCGGUAUGUCAUCUUACUGUAGAUCAGGCACAGUAGGUGAGUAGGCUUGUUAGAGUAAGAGUUAACCAUGAUCAUUCUUCUUUCAUUUUCUCUUUCACAGACAACAUUGAUGAUCAUACUGGUAACUUCCGAAGCACACCUCUUACUGGCUGGAAGGUCUUCCUGCUUCUGCUAUGUGCUCUACUGGGAAUUGUAGUUUGUGGUGUUGUAGGGGCUGUAGUCUUUCAGAAGCGCCAGGAAAGAAACAGGAGGUUUUACUGA